CAUUACAUCAACUGUGUGAUUCAGGCCUUCUGUCUUCACCUUUAUGCCAGCAACUGUCACACCGUACUCAUUAUCAUGGCUUUUGAUCGCUACGUGGCAAUCUGUAACCCCCUCCGAUAUGCCACCAUCAUGACCAGCAAGAUGGUGGUGAAGCUGUCUGUGUCUGCCUGGGCGGUGUCGUUCAUAUUGGUGCUUAUCCUGCUGAGCCUCAGUGUCCGCCUGUCGCGCUGUAGGGCGGAAAUAUUCCACCCAUUCUGUGACAACGCCUCCCUGUUUAAGCUGUCCUGUGAAAGUGUCCUCAUCAACAACAUCUAUGGUCUUGGCUACACCGUGCUCCUGCUGGGCACCUCAAUCGGCAGCGUCACGCUCACAUACAUGAAGAUUGCUGCUGUGUGUGUGAUCAGUAAGAGCAAGGUGCUGAACAGCAGAGCGCUGCAGACCUGCGUCACACACCUGGCUGUGUACAUCAUCAUGUUAAUGUCAGGCAGCAUAAUAAUUAUCCUACACCGUUUCCCUCAUUUAUCACAAGAAAGGAAGAUGUCAUCCAUCCUGUUUCACGUCAUUCCUCCUGCCAUGAACACUGUUAUCUACGGACUACAAAUCAAAGCAGUCAGAGAAAAAAUCCUUAUCAUGUUUUUACGGAAGACAAUGGCUGUGGCAGAUGUGAAAUGA